ACGAAAGUUUUGUUUGAUUAAAUGAAGCCAGCAGGUGGCCGCAGAUCAAGUGGAAAUAUUCAAAUGGAUCUGAUGUUUCCAUAGACGAAACCGUCAUCUUAACCAAAUUACCACGGCACACACGAAUGGGCAGCCAGUAGCCAGCUCAAAGCAAUCUGCCUCUUUGAGAUAUGACGACAGUUUCCCAGCUGGAGGCAGCAGCCCCCUCAUCGACAGCAGGGCAGCAGCAGGCAGAGCCACAGCCCCAGCCCCAGCCCCAGGAUAAUCUGCGAAUAUUUUUAAAGCAUUUGUAUGCCGAGUGCGUCUAUCGCUACCAGAACGACACAUACGAGGAUGGGGACGAGGACCCAGCGGUACUGGCAACAGACUAUGAGGUGGAGGUGCCGCAGAACUUUAGUCCUGUGCCGCGAUAUCUGGAGAAUGCCGUCCUCAAUGAGGGCAGCAUUGAUAUGCAGAGUGUGAACGAGGCAUCGGCAGCUAAUAAUGAACUCUAUGCCACCAUCCUGACUGCCACAAUGUCUACGCAGCUGGUGGAAGAGGAGCAGCAGCAGGGACAGCAGCAACAGAAGCAGGCAAAUCUCAGCAACGGCAGCGGCAGCGGCAGCCUCUUUUGUCCACUGAACUUCGAUGGAUAUCUGUGCUGGCCCCGAACCCCAGCCGGCACCGUUUUGAGUCAAUAUUGCCCCGAUUUCGUAGAGGGUUUCAAUAGCAAAUUUCUGGCCCACAAGACCUGCCUGGAGAACGGCACUUGGUUUCGGCAUCCGGUUAGCAACCUCACCUGGUCCAACUACACCAACUGUGUGGACUACGAGGACUUGGAGUUUCGUCAGUUCAUCAAUGAGUUGUAUGUGAAGGGUUAUGCCCUCUCCCUGCUGGCUCUACUCAUCUCUAUUAUCAUAUUUCUGGGCUUCAAAUCGCUGCGCUGCACUCGCAUUCGCAUUCAUGUCCAUCUCUUUGCCUCGCUGGCCUGCACUUGUGUGUCCUGGAUCCUCUGGUAUCGCCUGGUUGUGGAACGGCCCGAACUCAUAGCCGAAAGUCCGCUCUGGUGCAUCGGUCUCCAUCUUGUGGUGCAUUACUUCAUGCUGGUCAACUACUUCUGGAUGUUCUGUGAGGGUUUACAUCUGCACUUGGUUCUCGUUGUGGUCUUUGUCAAGGACACCAUUGUUAUGCGCUGGUUCAAAAUCAUCAGCUGGCUCUGCCCGCUUCAUGUGGCGCUGCUCUAUGGCACGGCCAGGCACUACAGCAGCACCGACAAUGAACACUGCUGGAUCAAUGACAGCCUCUUUCUGUGGAUCUUCUCGGUGCCCAUAACUCUCUCUCUGCUGGCCAGCUUCAUCUUUCUCAUCAAUGUGUUGCGUGUGAUUGUGAGAAAGUUGCACCCACAGUCGGCCCAGCCUGCGCCUUUGGCCAUACGCAAGGCCGUGCGGGCCACCAUCAUUCUGGUGCCGCUCUUCGGGCUGCAGCACUUUCUGCUGCCCUAUCGCCCCGAUGCCGGCACACAACUGGAUCGCUUCUAUCAGCUGCUCUCUGUCGUUCUGGUCAGCCUGCAGGGCUUUGUCGUCUCGUUUCUGUUCUGCUUCGCCAAUCACGAUGUCACGUUCGCCAUGCGGACGCUUCUCAAUAAAUGGGUGCCCACUCUGGUGGCUGCACCGCCGGCAGGGAGUAAUACUGGACAAUUGGCCACAACCACGCCCAGUCGUGAGCUGGGCGUCUAAGGUGUAUCGCAUCAGCAACAGCAUACCCAGAGUCCGCAUCCAGCCGAACAACUCGGACAUAAUGGCAGAGCAAAGAUUUUGAGGGAGACUUAUCCAUCGAUCUGUCGCUUCCUUGAAGAUCUUUCUGUGGCUAAGCUCCAAAAGAUCCUCCAACCGCAUUUAUUGUUUCACCUCAAAGACUCUCUCACAUUUAGUUGGUCCUGAAUAUAGCUGGGAAAUAAUUUAAAUAACCGAAUUCAAGCAGCAUUAUCAGUGGAAAUAUUUGACGACUACAAAUUAUUCGGGCAGCAAGCGGCAAGCAGUACCCGGACCAAGGCAGCAAGCAGUGCCCGGACCUAGGCAGCAUGCAGUGCCCGACCAAUACGAUUUUAAAUCCUACAAAAUUAUGCAUAAUACCGAUCCAAAGAGGAUGAAGCCUCUAAAAUACACACAUACAUAUGUACGUACUCGAGUGUACCUAAAGGAAUAAAAUAUCUUUUUU